CAAAAAAAAAUACCCCAGUUCAUGAGUGAGAUAAUACAUCGGUUUAACACAUGAAAAACUGUAUCUUGGUCAUCCAGUGGAAAAAUGGCAAAAGAAAUGCAAAUUAAAACCCAAAUAAUUAUAAUCAUGAUUAAAUACAAUAAUAAUUAGAAAUAGGUCAAACUCGAUUAGAAUAUUUCAAGUGUUGUUUUGUUGAAAAGACCGAAGGUGGAUUUGAAAACCCGUCUGAACAUUUCAUUCCGUGAUUCUACGACAAACCACAAGGGGGAGUCGGCCUCCCACUGGUGGUCCACGUAGCACGCUUUGACUCUCGGUUAUUCACUUGUGUGACAUUUUGAAGAGUUUGUUUGAAGUGUUUCCGGAAGAGCGGAAGCCGCAGUGGCCGAGUCUGCACUUUGCUCGCUUCCCUUCUUUUUGUUUUUUUUUUUUUUGGCCGUCGUAUUGUGCGGUUUACGUAUCCAGUCCAACUGGACGCAGUCACGGAAAAUAUUUGUGAAUGACUCCGCGGUCGUGGCGUGAAACAAGCUGGCUCGCACGCUGGCUUUUGCCGUGUUUGCGUGUUUCUCCAAAGGAACUUUCAACUGCGUAUAACCCAGACAGACAGACAGAAAGCGCGGCGUUGACCGCGGCCGCUGAUGCUGUCCAGACCGCCGUCCUCAGACCGUGCGUGUCUGUGUGUAUAUGAGAUGAAAUACGGGGGCGGCGGCGGUAGUUGUAGGAAGCCAGACACCAGAGUCACUAAUAUUCCGUGACGCCAAGAAAGCGCACGAUUUCAAUGGACUUUCUAUUUCAGGAAGGAAACAACAACAACUUGACAGCGUUUAUCUUCUUGGCCUUGUUUGCUUGGUUUUGGGGGGACACCUCAACGUGUUGCGCGAGCUAAACAAAACGGCGAGAUGGCAGCUGAGAGGCAGAGUUGGCGCGGGAUUGGUCGCCAAAUCUUCAUCGAUACUGUUGUUAUGUUUGGGGCGGCACCGCGGUUAGCUCGGGUUUUGCGUCACACCACGCGCUUGACGGGACUUGAACGUGUAUCCGUUGUGCUCUAUGAGAGGCGGGACGCACCCCGGACCGGUCUCCGGGGCCCGGAUUUGGACACGUCAUUUUCAUCUUUCUCGUAUACAACAGGGCGGCAUCACAUUCCAAAGGUUGCGGGUCUGAAUCCGGCUUUUGCUUGGAUUUCAACCAAAAAAAAAGUCAUGCAGUGAGGCGGUCUUCUACUCCCCAAAAAUGUACGUUUGGAUCGUGUGUCCUCCACGGUUUGGAUGUGGCGGGGUCAAGAUGGAGUCAAUAAAAGCAGAGCAUCAUCUCACACGAUCUUUGGAACAGAUGGCGUGCGUGCGUGCGUGCGUGCGUGUUAUGACGCCAUAUGUCAAAGGCACCCUCGAGACACGCGAGCGUUUGAUUGGCCGUCAUGUUUCUGUCAUGGCGCCGUCAGCCAAGCAGGACUGGAGGCAAUCGGCACACUUAAGUGACGACAACCUUCCCGCGUAGCCACUUUUCCGUACUUUCUUCGUCACAAAUGAGCAAGAUGGCAAAGUUGUUGGUCACCUCUUCGCUUUUUUCACUUUGAAUACGUUUUUUUUUUUUCUUUUGUUUUGACGAUGACCUUUUUGCAUGGCACUUUCUUCAUCGUUUCAUUUUUGCCAUCUUUGAUCAUCCGCUUCCCCCCCUUUUUUUUUUUUUUGUCUGUUUACCUUUUGGGGAUUUUUGUUGUUGUUAGUUUUAUUCAUCUUUGUUGCUGUUUUCUGUAUAUAUUUUUGUACUUGUUUUAACAUUUUCUCCAUCUUUGUUGUCUUCAUUUGUGGCGUCAGGCCGAGUUUUCAUGUCCACCCUUUUUGUUAUCUCGUCAGUGUUUGUGUCGUUGCAACUUUGUUGAGGUGCUUGAUGUUGUUUUUGCUUUUUUUUUUCGUCUCUCCGUUGCCGCCCUUUUGUUCCUAUUUUUGCCGUCUCCUCGCGAGUCGUUUGUCAUUUUUCUUUUCUCUUUGCAAUCCAUCCCCCCUUUCUUGACCUUUUUUUGUUCAUCCUUCUUCCCCAAAGUGCUUCCUGCUGAUUCCAUCCAGCUCAAAGUGUUGACCUCAGCACUCAAUUCAGCUAAAGUUGCAUUUUCUCUUGGCGUCGAUACGAGAAAAGAGCCUUUUAAUAAUUGACCGCCGGCCGCUUCAAGUGCUCUCCUCUUUCUUUCUUUCUUUCUUUCUUCUUUCUUUCUUUCUUUUUUAAACAAGUAUUUCAGCUUACGGUUCAAAGCGAGUGUCUCAUCUGGCACUGUUUUGUCUUUCUCCUCCUUCCAUGCAUGUUUUUUUUUUCCAUUCGCCUUGAUUGAAAAGCUCUGCGCUUCCACGGCGGCACGUACGCCGCACGGCGAUGAUAACGUGACCUCUUUUGCAUUCCUCCUUCUCACACACACACACACACACACACACGAGUUAGCGAGCAUGAAGUGAAGUGAAGCACUUCAAACUCUUAGAAAGUGUUUCGGCUGCAGUCAAAGAUGCGUGUGUCUCAUCUAAGUUGGAUAAAUGUGUGGGAAGGAAAUAUAGAAAUGAUUUUUUUCACCCAAAAUCAAAUUUCUGAUUCUAAUAGUUCCCCCCUGACUAUAAUUUUCAUACUUCCCUGUGUGUGUGUGUGUGUGUAUAUAUUUCGAUAUGAAACGAGUCUUUCCUCUCCUCUCCUCUGCUGCUGAAUGUGAGACUUGAGAAAUAUUUUCAUCAGCGCUUGGAUGCCAGAUGACGAACAUAAUCGUCCACGGCAGCGAACGUUCUGAAACUUCUGAACGUGCGUCGGCAUCCGCGACUCUCUUUGACCACACAGGAGAUUCAUCCUGGUGUUUGGAUGCUUGGUCCUGUCCGUGUUUUCCACCAUUCCUGCUCACCAGGAAUUCUCCUCGCACUGUCUUCUCAUCCUGGAGUUUGUAAUGAUCGUCGUGUUUGGUCUGGAGUACAUCAUCCGAAUAUGGAGCGCCGGCUGCUGCUGUCGCUACCGAGGCUGGCAAGGACGGCUCCGCUUUGCCCGGAAACCAUUUUGCGUCAUCGACAUCGUCGUGCUGAUCGCCUCCGUCGCCGUGGUUUCCGCCGGCAGCCAGGGCAACAUCUUCGCCGCCUCGGCCCUGCGCAGCCUCCGUUUCCUGCAGAUCGUGCGCAUGGUGCGCAUGGACCGGCGCGGGGGCACCUGGAAGCUGCUGGGAUCCGUCGUCUACGCGCACAGCAAAGAGCUGGUGACGGCUUGGUACAUCGGCUUCCUGGUGCUCAUCUUCUCCUCCUUCCUGGUCUACCUGGUGGAGAAAGAGGAGAACAAGGACUUUGCCACCUACGCCGACGCGCUCUGGUGGGGCACGAUCACACUGACCACCAUCGGCUACGGCGACAAGACGCCGCAGACGUGGACCGGGAGGCUGUUGUCCGCCGGCUUCGCCCUCCUGGGAAUUUCCUUCUUUGCUUUGCCUGCUGGCAUCCUGGGGUCAGGUUUUGCCCUCAAGGUACAAGAGCAACAUCGGCAAAAGCACUUUGAAAAGAGACGGAAUCCCGCAGCCAGCCUCAUCCAGUGUGUCUGGCGUAGUUACGCUGCCGAUGAGAACUCGAUUUCCGUUGCAACCUGGACGCCUCAUUUGAAGGCGUUGCAUACCUGCAGCCCCGCCAAGAAAGAGCAGGGCGAGGCCGCUUACAGUCAAAAGUUGAGCUUCAAAGAGCGAGUCCGCAUGGCCAGCCCGCGGGGGCAGACCGUGAAAAGUCGCCAGGCGUCCGUCAACGACCGCCAGCGCUGUUCCCCCGGCAACGAGGCGGCGAGCGGCGAGCUGAUGGGCCAAAGCCCCGGCAAGGUGCAAAAGAGCUGGAGCUUCAACGACCGCACGCGAUUCCGACCCUCGCUCAGGCUCAAGAGCCAGGCCCGCGCCGCGGCUUCAGAAGCGGACGCCGGCGUGAGCGCGGAGGAUUCCCAGGACGAGCGAGGCUGCCGCUGCGACGUCACGGCCGAGGACCUGUCGGCUCCCCUCAAGGCGGUCAUCAGAGCUGUCAGAAUUAUGAGUUUCCACGUGGCCAAGAAGAAGUUCAAGGAGACGCUGCGUCCGUACGACGUGAAGGACGUGAUCGAGCAGUACUCGGCGGGACACUUGGACAUGCUGUGCCGCAUCAAGAGCCUCCAGACCAGACUAGAUACUGUGGUAGGUCCCGCUCCGAGGCCCCUCGGCAGGCGCGCCAAGACCUUUUCCUCCCCGUCCCUGCAUUCGUAUUACGGUCAGGCCCGGAGGAAGUCCUCAGCACCGGGGGUGGACCAAAUCCUGGGCAAAGGCCAAAUGGGCGUGGAUAAAAAGCCGAGGGACAAAGUCAACCCGGACGGAGACGCUCACGACGGCGUCAGCAUGCUGGGCCGCGUGUGCAAAGUGGAGAGGCAGGUUUCUUCCAUCGAGUCCAAGUUGGACUCCCUCCUGGACGCGUAUCGCCAAGUCCUCCAGCGAGGCCCGUCCCCCCUGGCCCUCUUCCGGGCCGACUCCGACUGCCCGACGUCCAUCCCGGACCGCGAGCCGCCCUCCCCGCGGGGACGGCGCGGCGACGCCCACCCGGGGGGACUGCGCCUCGUCCCGGCCCCGGCCGACGGCGACGAAGGGGCCCCGGACUCCGCGCCUCCGUCCUACCCGCCGUCCACCGCCUCGCUUUCCCCGUCGCCCCUGCUGCCGCCCGACAGCCCCUACCCCUCGCCGGUCACCCGCUUCCCGGACCUGCCUCCUUCCGCCGGGGGCUUCACCCUCCAGUUGCCUCCCGUCAUGCCCCCCUCCCACUUGCGCUGCCCCGUCGCAGAAGCCACGGCGGAGCCCGGGUCCUCCGUCGUGCAGCUGCGCGAGAAGCCCGGCUCCAAAUCCGACGCUGUUUGGAGGCGACACGUGAGCCUGGAGGUGGACCCCCUGUUGGCGUCGGCGCCCGAUUGGGGGGCCGCCCUCGGGAAGUCCCUUUCCAUGCACAAUCUCAAUAAUCGUCACGGCGGCGGCGGCGGCGGCGACGACGACGGCGACUGGAGCGGGAGCGGACUCUUCAUUUGCGAGCGCAAGCCGGCGGCGCUCGGACUCUGACGGGAGCCCGCUCGCGGACCGGGAUGCGCCGGCUCCGGACUUCCUCGGUCAGUCGCCGCGUCUCCAGCUCGCCUGACGGCACGGUCGCCGAAGUUUUCCUCCGGGAAAUGACUUGAGGACGGCCCUCGCUUGGGAUUGUACGAUUUCCGGCUCUAUUUUGUUUCAAAGGAUGUGCGGUACGUGCGGUACGUCGUCGUCAGCGGCAAAAGAAAGGCCUUCAUACAUAAUACUGACUCUAAGUCUGAAUGGAAAUGUCAGGAUGAAGCCAAAACACACCACAGUGAGCGAUCGUUUACACGCUUUAGCCAGAUCGCAGAGAUUCCGUGGACAACGUUGAGAAAGAGGAGCGUCAUAUAUUUUGGAAAAUGCAAAAGUACGUCAAAGAUUUGACACUUUCCAAAAGUCGACUGGGGAUGAGCCUUGAUGACAUAGGUUUGAAUUUUGCGAGGAGGGAGCCAAGCUUCUUCUUCUUCUUCUUCUUUGCAUAAUGGAGGUGAGAGUGAAUCCAUAGCGCCUCUCCUGAACAUCUCCACAAAAAUCAACAAUUCCACAAAGUUUUAAUAAGGGGGGGAAAAAAAAAAAAAAGAUUACGCUCAUCCCUCGACAACGAUGACCCACGCACCCAAUGUUAGGGGUUGCAAAUGCAAAUUAAAUCAUCAUUCACUCUUAACAAAUGUCUUUAAUUAUGCUGUUAAAAAAUGUGCACGCUAAAUUGAAAUAUUCAUGUUAAUAAUGCCUAUUAUUAUAAUCCUAGAGGCCUCAAACAUGCUUCUCUUCCAGUCGACUUCACUGCUGCCAAAUUCAGACUUGCCAGUGGACCGUAACGGACGAUGAACUGCCAUUUGGUGGGGAAUUCACUGAAUAGAAAAGUCUCACAUGAAUUUGGAGAAGUGCAAAACUAACAAAAGAUUUGCGCGGGCUCGUCACGCAGCAAAAAUCAAAUUGCUUGCUUGCUCGCCGAAGUCGUCGCAUCAUCUGGAAAGUUAACACGGAUGCUAAGGCUAAGGCUAGCUACGGCGCUUUCUCCCAUUUGCAUUGCUAAUUAUUAUUCUUAAAAUAUUGAGCUCAAUGCCAAACUAAAAUGUGGAAUGUUUAAUGUUUUUUUUUUUUUUUUUUUUUAAAAAAAAAAAAAGGUGUUUAAAAAGUACACAGGGAGAGAUAAGCAAGAUUUUUCCAAAUCUUUGUUUUGGAAACGUCUGUCCCAUUUUGGGUGGCGCGUUUGAAGUAUGAACGCAGAUUUGUCUUGCGCUGCGUGACGACGACGACGCGCAGCUUUUAAACCUUUUUGGAAAAAGUGUCUGUAUUGUUCAAAUCUUCACAUUUCAACAUUUGAAAGUCUCACAUUGUCUCUGAAAUGAUUCACAGUCGUCUUAAACGUAUUGAAUGUGUCAUGGACUCCCCAUGAUGUUCUUUUAUUUGCCUAGUAACGAGUACAAAUAAUAUUUUCUACCAUUUGAAACCAUCGUUGCCGGUACGACGCAAGAGAGCGACGAGCCUGAAAAUGUGACACGUGGCUUGAAGACCAAAAAGAAAAAGAAUCUAUUCAUUGCUUAAAUGGCGCCAUCCAUCCGUCUACUAAUCUGAGGAUCGUCUCGUUGAUUUCACUCGCGUUAGCUCCCACCGCUGAUUUUUUUUAUUAUUAUUUCUGCCAUUUUCUCUAUACAGGCUUGAAUGGUAAUUUAUUGUUUAUUAUUACACAGCAGGCCUUAAAAAGCUUGACAAUGUUAACACUAUUUUCCGUUCGAAUUAAUUUAUUACAUGUGCACAUUGUAAUUCUCUGUGUUGAGAAAAAAGCCGAAUUGAUUGUCUUCUGUAAUAAAACUUUUAAGUGAA